AUGGAGGCAGAAGUCGACGAUAGCCACUUCGUUUCAGUAGUGCAUGCGAGGAAGAAGGGUGACGGCAGUGGCCAACGCAGCAUGUCCUCAGAAGGCAGCAGCUAUUCGGCCGACAGCAGUGUCCCCGGAAGCAGUGGAGACGGAUGCGGCGCAGGAGGCGGUGCUGAGAAUGAGGAACAACGCAGUGACGACGACAGCGCUCUCUCGCCUCGUCACCGCCAGUCGCAGCUGUUUCUGUCCAUGACGACCACUACGACACCGACGAUGCCCUGCGGGCCCCCCGGUUACCACGCCGUCGCCGACAAGGUGAUCAUUUCUUCUCGAUCUGUGUGUUUGUGUUUGUGCCCUGCCCGGCCCGGUCCGGUCCGGUUCGGUCCGGUCCGGUCUGGUCGAAACGAAACAGGACUGUCCAGCGCGUCAUAUUUCACGUUGAAUGUCAGUCGUUGGUCAUCGCGACCAGCCUCGCAUCUCGUCCACUCCUUUCCGCACCGCUAUCGAUCGAACCGAGUGAGGAAUAAACGAGAGCCACGCGUCGGUUUGUGUACUCUGCGAAUCAGACACGUUGGAUACUAA